AUGUUUGCUAAGCCAUAUAAGCUAAAAUCUACAAAUACAUUAAAGAAUUCUGAGAAAAAACACUUAUUACAGCGGAUAGAAGGUGGUUUUCCUUCGAUUAGUGAGCAGAAAAUUAAGGAACUAGUGCCUAUAAAGUCAACAUGCAAUUGCAUGAAAUUAGUCUUACAUUCAGGCGAUACAGUGGGUGUCUAUGUAGUAGAUGGGGUCCCCAUGAUUAUAGAUAGUGGAGAAACAUUAAUUCCUACAGUUUGUGCGAUGUGGAAAGUUCCCGACCUACUACCAACUAUUAUAAUACAUUCUCCUGUUUUAAGCAAGAUUCAAAGUGGUGUGCCCUUAUAUGCUCCUGGAGUAGUAAUUGAUCCCUCCAACUUUCCAAGAUUUAAUAGGGGAUCCUUAUUAGCAGUAAGCACAAGUGACAAUGCUUCAGCAGCCAUUAUUGGCCGAGCAACUAUGUCUUCUGGAAAUUUACUUGUUGCAAGCAUGGGCACAUGCUUAGAAGUGCUACAUGUGUUUGGUGAUUUAUUAUGUAAAGAAGUAAAGUUCAAUAAAAUUGAGAGACCAAAAUUACAACAUACAAAUGUUAAUUUAGUUGAUGAUAUUGCAAAUGAUGUUCAAAAGCUUCAUAUUCAACAAGAGAAAGACGAAUGGCCAAGUUUAGUGCCUGAAUCCAAUACUGUGCCAAAUAUUCCAUGUAUUAUUCCUGACAAUGAAAUAUGUUUAGAGAAGAACAAACAAAUAGUAGAAGCGACUCAGCAAUUAGAUGAAACUGUAACAACAGAAUGUUCUGACACAGAAGAUGAAAAGAUACCAAUUGACAUGGAUGGCUUAUUAAGAUGGUGCCUUCUCUCAUUCCUAAAGAUUCAUGGGAAUCACUUGGAAAUGCCAUUAAAGACAAAUCUCUUAUAUAAAAACUACUUAAUGCCACUUUGUCCACCAAACAGAACACUAGAGGUGAAGAAGUCAUCAUUUAAGAAAAUGGGAAAGUUUUUGGAAGCAAUGCAAAGGGAAGGAUUAAUAGAAGUCAAAGAGAUAGAAAAGGGUGUGGACGCACUAGUGAGCGUACAACUAGCCCAUCCUGCGGUUCGCGGUCACAAAGUAACAAGUGAAGUUCAAGACCGCACAAAAAAACAAGAAGACGCGAAUGAAACAGACUAUGUUCCACCAGUAGUUCGGGAAUUGUACUGCAUUACGGCUAAUGUUCUUGAUUUGUUUGUACCUCUUAAAAAAGGGACAGCCCUAUCAGCGAACGACAUCCGCAAGACGGCUCGUGAAUACGUCAAAAGCAAACAACUGGACGCAGGCCGUGGAUCAGUCAAACUUGAUGCGACUUUAGCUAAAGCUACUGGAAAAAAUGAACAGGACUUAAUUAAAUGGGAUGAGUUAAUGAAUGGACUGCUAUCCCGCAUGACAGCGAGUACCGAACUUCAAUUUGCUGAUGGAACUUCUCGGCUGGUGAAGACGCGCCUUGAGCCCAUACUAAUGCAAGUUUUCACUAGAAGUGGUAAUAAAAAGGUGACGCUUGUGUCGAACCUAGAAGCUUUCGGCUUCGUCCUGCCUCCGCUUGCGCAAGAGUGCCAACGAGCAGUCGCUGCGUCUUGCGGGGUUACACGGUCGGCUGGUGCUAGUCAUGACCAGCUAAUGUUACAGGGAGAUCAGACCCAUUUUAUUGCAAAACUGCUGAUAGAGAAAUAUGGACUCCCAAAGAAGUACCUAGACGGGGCAGACAAAGCCCUUAAUAAGAAAAAAUAA